CGAAAUUUGAUUAAUUUUCGAAUACCUAAAAUCGAAUUGUUCAAAAUUCCGACUAAAUACCUAGCUUGCCUUAUGUUUUUUUAGUUAAUGUUGAAUUGAUUUUACCUACAAAUUAUCCUGGAGUUUUCCGAGAUUGACAAUCAUGGACAGAGAUCUAAUGGUACCAAUGACGCCACCGAAUCAUUUUGUCAAGGAACUUCGUUCAGUGUUAGAUCAACAAAACAUAAUGUCGGCUAAAACAAAACAAAAAGGUAAACUACAAUGCCUUAUUAUUAUUCAUGAAAAUAUUAUAGAAAUGUGGUAGGUACGUUUUAUUAUAUUGUAUAAUUUUGUUGCGCAGUACUUCAGGAUUUAGACCGACAUAUAUGUGACGAUGACGAAAAACGAAUCGCAAAGCUGAGGACUAGAGCCAUACAAGAAAUAUGUGUAUCAGAAACAAAUUAUAUCCAUCAGUUGGAUAAAUUAAUUACUGUUAGUAACUGAUUAAAGCUAUAUUUUUUUAAAUAUUUAAUAAUUUUUAUUUAAUCAAUAAAAAUCUAAAAACCUGAUUAUAGUAUUUCAAACGUCCUAUGGAAGAACAAAAAAUUGCUUCUAAUCAAGUCAUUUGUAAAUUGUUUGGCAACAUUGAGACCAUAAUAAAUGUAAAUAAAGAACUUUUAGUCCAAUUACAUCCAUCCAAAGAAAAUAUCGGAGAAGUUUUUUUGAAUACUGCACCAUUCCUCAAACUUUAUUCAGUUUAUGCAUUCAACUACAAGAAUGUAUUGGAUACUCUUCAAGUAUAAAAUAUUUUUUGUUUUUUUUUAGGAAAUUGUUAACUAAUUUAAUGCUGUUUUAGGACCUGCCAAAAUCUUAUCCCAAAAUUUAUCGCUUUAUUUGUUCACAAGAGUCCAGACCAGAAGUAUCCGCUAAAUUGAACUCACUUUUAAUAACUCCAAUACAAAGAAUUCCUCGUUAUCUAUUACUUUUACGUGAACUUCUAAACUACACUCCUACCGGUCAUAAAAGUCAUAAAGAAAUUAAAGGUAUGCAUUUUUAAAUUUAUAUAUAUAUUCUAUAGCAAAUUAUUUCUAAAUUGUAAAUUGUAAUCAAUAGAAAUUAUUACAAUAAUAAGUAAUAGUUUAUUAAAAUUUUGAUAUUGAAUGUGUAAUCUUAAUGCUACACGGUGCAAAAUACAUCGCAAACAUUGGUCCUUUUAGUAUUUGAGUAUUAGGUACAUUGAAACAUACAAUUAGUUUAAAUUGACACAACUAUUUAAAAUAAAAAUGUAACAUUUUAGUCUUCCUGCUUUUUAUAUAAUGAAAAUUAUAAAAUGUGUUAAAUAUACAUAUUUUACAAAAUCAGAUAGUAACAUGCAUAAUUAAAUGUUUUUUUUGAGUCAUAAUAAGGUAAAAAUUAAGUAUUUUGAGGAUAGAUUUCAAAAAUAUGUAAAUGUUAUAAAACCCCAAAUUAUGAUAAAUACGCAAUUUUUUUACAUAAACACAUUGUUACUUUAUAUUUUUGAUUAUAGAUCGUAAUGCAAUAAAAUUAAUAAAUAUUUUUUUUACAGCUGCUGUGGAACAAAUAAGUAUGGUUGCAGAUCAUAUUAACAAUUUAGUUCAAGAACAAGAGAAUAUGUCCAGAUUAGUGAGCAUUCAACGGAGUUUAUCUGGUUGCGGCAAAGUAAAUAUUGUACUACCAGGGCGUAAGUUGAUUAAGGAAGGACCUCUUAUGAAAAUAUCACCAGAGGGUAAUACGCCUAUACCCCGGUACUUGAUAUUAUUAAGCGAUAUGAUAUUGUACUGUAAAGAGUGGGCAGACCCUGAGAAAUUGGUUUGUCUUAGAGUAUUACCACUUAAUAAGUGUGAGGCCAAAUCUGUUAUGUACAAAAGAGGAUUAUUUUCAAUAAGUUGCCAGUCUGUGGAAUUUGUAUUUUAUACUAUGGACGCACCUCACUCAACAUGUUCUUGGGUAGAAAUGUUGCAGCAAACUAUUGACACAGUAAGUUAUUAUUUUUAUUUAUUUUGUGUAUUUAACAAUUAUUUAACUAAAUUUAAUUAUAGUGCAAAGCCAACUCUUUGAUGCCUGUAAAGAGAUGUGGUCCUUUGAAAUUUGUCAAAAGAAAAAAAGAAUACGAAUCUAACAAAAAUGAUGAUAAUUGUUAUUCCAGUCCAACUAAAAAAAUUAAAUCAUUAAAUGCUAUAAAGGUAUUAUAAUUUUGAUUUUGAAUUCUUAAUAAUGCAUAUAAAAAAUAAUUAUAAUGCUCUAUAGAAAUAGAAUUAAAUUAAACAUUGAAAUUGUUGAGACACUUUACAAUGUGCUUAUUUUGUGAUUGAUGAAUUUUGAAUUAGAAAGUACUUAAUUUCAUUUGUCAUUGCUACCAUACAAAUAUUAUAAUCAUUUAAAAACCUUUAUUCUCACUUGGCUAAAUUUUAAAUAUUCUAAUUGAUUACAAUUGGUGAGAUGAUACAAUACUUACAGUGAUUUAUCUAAACACCAUAAUUUGUGCCAUUAGUAGCACUUCCUAAUAAGUAUUAAAUAUUUCUGCCCAGUCUUCCUUAAAAUAUAACAAUUGUUUGUAUUCCUUUGUUUUUUUUUUUUUUUUUUAUUAUUUACUCAACAAUGUAAAAAUUUAAUAAUUUCACUAAUUUCUUUAUUUUAUUUAACUAAAAUUUAAUUUUGUUUAUACACAAAGUCUUGUUGAUUUUAGAAUAAUUUUUUUUUUUAUAAAAUUCAAAAAUCCAUUGAAACAAAACAAAAGUGUAGAAUACUCCCUAAUGUGUUAAGUAAUCAAUGCAUGAUUUUAUAAAUCAGAUACAUGUUUUAUAUUCAAUGUUUUAAAAAAGUUCUACCAAUUAAUGUGUUUGGUAUGUUCAUUAUAAUAUAUAUACAGCUUUAAUCAUAAAAAUGUCCAUAAGUAUAUUUAAAUGUGGUAAAACAAUAAUAAAGAUAUUUUUGCAUAAAAAAAGUCUAUUUGCCUUUGUUUUCUAAUUUAUUGUGUAAUACAUAAUGCAAUAAUAUUAGAUUUUAAUAAAAUAUCCAAUAGUUUAGUGAAUACAUUGAGUCUUCAAUUUAACAAUAUGGACAUGUAUGGCUAGUUUGUGGUCUCUGUCCUCUUGUAAAACAUUUUUUUUUUCUAUUUUAUUAUUUAUUAAAACAUGUAUUUAUUUUUAUUUAUAGGAUACUACAACAGCAGUCGCAAACCAUAGUACAUCAUAUAUGACUACAGCAAAAAAUCUCGUUUUUAGUUUUGGAUCAACGUUGAAAAAAUUAGUAGGAAGAAAUUCAGUUUAAUAGCAACAGUAAAUAAUCAUAUUUUAAAUUAUCUUUUGUCGUACUAUUACCGUCGGAGAUCUCAGACCUCAUUCAUGUCAAUUUUUUAUUAUUUUUUUUUUAAAAGUUCAGUGUAUAACAAAUGACAAAAUAUCAAUUUGUAUGUAGUUAAUAACACUUUCCUAAAAAAACAUCUCAAUGUAUUAAUACUGUAAAUACUAAGUUGUGUGUGUGUGUGAUUCAAUUUUUAUUUUAUUUUGUACAUUACAAUUGUUUUUUUUUUUUUUUAUAAUUUUUUAUUGAAUAUAAUAUAAUAUUAUAUAUUAUUAUCAAGUAAAAUGCAAUAUUAAAAGGGUACUCUAUUUUGAAAGUCGAUUACACAGGUUGUAAAAAAUAAUGUAAAUUCCAUCAGAUGAAAAUUAUUUUUAGGUAAUUUGCUCUCAUGUUCACAUAGAUUUUACAUGUUCCAUAAAUUUCAAAAUUGCAGUCUCAUCAAGUUCGUUUUGCCACCUGCGAU